AUGUGUGGAACUCAACGACUUCCGCGCCUUGUUGGCCUUUCUAAAGCUCUUGAAAUGAUCCUGAUGUCCAAGCUAAUAAAAUCAGAAGAAGCUCAUGGAUUGGGUCUCAUUGAUGCCAUAGUUCCAUCAAAUGAACUAAUAAACACAGCAUGUUGUUGGGCUUUGGAUAUUGCCGAAUCAAGGAAACCAUGGAUCAAAACUCUUGAUAGAGUGGACAAGAUAGAAUCCAUCGAAGAAGCUAGAGAACUACUAAAUUUCUCAAGAGUUCAGGCUCGCAAACGAGCUCCUAAUCUUGAACACCCUUUAAUUUGUAUCGAUGUUAUAGAAGAGGGCAUAGUUUUUGGACCAAGGGCUGGUCUUUGGAAGGAGGCAAAUGCUUUUUAUCAACUAAUUUAUUCUGAUACAUGUAAAAGCCUAAUCCAUGUAUUCUUUUCUCAGCGUGCAACCUCAAAGGUUCCAGGAAUUACUGAUCUCAGUCUUAUGCCUCGCAAUAUCACUAAAGUUGCUAUUAUUGGAGGAGGUGUAAUUGGUUCUGAAAUUGCAACUACACUGAUAGUGAGGAAUUACGUUGUGAUACUCAAAGAAGCAAAUGAAAACUUAUUAAGAGCAGGGAUUGACAGAGUUAAAGCCAACCUUCAAAGCUAUAACAGAAAGGGAAAAAUAACUGAAGAGAAAUGCAAAAAGGCUUUCUCUCUUAUAACUGGUGUUCUUGAUUAUGAAAGCUUCAAAGACAUUGACAUGGUUAUUGAGGCCGUUACUGAGAACAUGGCUUCAAAGCAACAAAUAUUUGCUGAGCUAGAGAAGUACUGCCCUCCACAUUGCAUACUUGCUAGCAAUACUUCAACGAUAUAUUUCAAUUUAAUUGGAGAAAAAACAAGGUGCCAAGAUCGUAUUAUCGGUGCAAAUUUCUUCAGCUUGGUCAUAUAUAUCAGUCCUAUUCAUUUCAUGCCGCUGCUGGAAAUAGCUCGUACUCAAGAGACAUCUCCUCAGGUUGUCGUGGACUUGUUGGAUAUUGGGAAAAAGAUUCGCAAAAAAACCCCGAUCGUAGUUGGAAAUUGCACUGGUUUUACUCUGAAUUGGAUGUUCUUUUCAUGGAUUCAGUCAGCACUCUUACUCGUUGAUCGUGGUUUUGAUGUCUAUAGAAUUGAUGAAGUGUGUACUAACUUCAGUAUGACAACGGGACCUUUCAGAUUGGCAGAUUUGGUUGGUCUUGAGGCUGCAGUUUCCAUCAGCAUGCAGUAUCAUAAGAGUUUUCCUGAAAGAUGCUACAAAUCUUUGCUAAUAGGCAUUAUGCUUUAUGACCAUAGAGAAGGCGAAACUACACGAAAAGGUUUCUAUGGAUACGAUGAGAAGAAAAAGGCAUGGCCAGACCCUGAAUUAAAGAAGCUCAUUGAGAAAUCGAGGAAUCUCCUUGGCAUUUCACCAAGCCCUGAGAUAAUGAAGUUGGAAGACAAGGAUAUAGUAGAAAUGGUGCUAUUUCCUGCAGUAAAUGAAGCCUGCAGAAUACUUAGUGAGGGUGUUGCAGUGAAGGCAUCAGAUCUUGAUAUCUCUUCAAUCAUGGGCAUGGGAUUCCCCCCUUACAGGGAACCUGAAAAUGAUGCGUAUGUGCGCAAGAAUGAUGUAGUAAGAAUUUCAGGGAACCGAGAGUAG